AGAACCCUGUCUCUAUUUCUUUAAAGAUUUUGAGAGAGAGAGAGAGGGGUAUUAAAGCUAGCCAGGAUCAUUAAACACUAGAAGCAUAUAACUUCAAUGUCAUUCUGCUGCUAAAAUGAGCAGCAGCACCAGCAGUCUUUAUAGCUCGACAAUGGGUAUACUACAACACCACUACCACCACCACCGCCACCACCAUCAGCAGCAUCAGCAUCGACUAUUUUCAGCUCUUCUUACAGUUCUUUCUGUUAUUCUCUGCCUUUUAGUUUCAUCUACCUCUGCAUCCUCUUCUUCUUCUUCUUCUUCUUCUUCUUCUUCUUCUUCUUCUUCUUCUUUUUAUCAUGCUUCGUUACCUGCGAGAAGUCUCUUCUCAUCAACUCGUCAUCAACUCGGUAGAGGGUUGGCAAUGGGAUUGACGUCCCAAGAAAAGAUAAAGAGUAGUGGAAGAGAUGAUAAUAAUGGAGAAUCGGUGAUGAUGAAUCGGAAGAGAGUGUUAAUACGAAUGGGAGUUGGAUCGUCACCACCUACGUGUAGAUCUAGAUGCGGAAGGUGUAGUCCAUGUCAGGCAGUUCACGUAGCUAUACAACCAGGUCGAAGUGUAAUACUUGAAUAUUAUCCUGAAGCUUGGAGAUGCAAAUGUGGGAAUAAACUCUUUAUGCCUUGAUUAGUCAAACAUAAUUCUUUACUAAUAUGAAAAUCUUGCAUUAACCGAUCAGCCCUGUGGCGAUUGCGGCUUCUCAAAGCAUCCCCAGGAGGAGAUCUCGAAUUAAUCUUUUGAUGCGUUUGUACUGUGAUUCUUGUAGGACUUGUCAAUUUAUUAUUUAUAUAUGUAAAUGGAUUGUGAGGGGGACUCUUUCUAUCUC